AUGACCAAGCAGGACGGCGGCGAGAUCGCGAUGGCGCCAGCCGCCGUCGACCAACCACCCAAGAAGAAGCCUCGGACGGCUGUUUCGGGGGCUUCCAAAAUCCCAGUCCUUCCAUCGUCCACAACAAAGCCUGAUUCGGUAUCGGCUCCAGCUUCCACUGCGCCAACAGUCUCGACGCCGCAGUUUGCAUUUGGAGCACGUAUUGUCAAGGAUUCAAAACAACUUGGAUUGCCAAAAGAUAGCAAGGUCAAAGAACCAAAGAAAGAAUCGCUGUCGAAGAGGCCAUCGAAUCCUGCAGUUGCGUAUUUCAAGGACGACACAAAAGAUGUCACGACCGAUAAACGUGCUGCGCUAUUGAAGCAAAGCAACGAAUUCUUGGAAAUGGCAGAGAACUGCAAGCUCAAAGCCGAAAUCGAAUUGCUCCAGUCCGUCAUUGCGCAGCAUGAAGAACGCGACAAGAAGCGCACAGCGAGGAGCAAGGUGCAGUCGGGCGUGAUGAAGUCGCAACAGGACCAGAUCAAGGAGCUCCAGGAUGAGGUCAAGAAAUUGCACGAAGACUUCAGGAAGGCGACGGAAAAAGAGCAUGACGCGACAGCAAAGCUCAAAGAGUCGCUUCUGGCUCAAGAACGGCUCAAGGACAGGCUAGCCAAGGCGGAGGUGGCACCUGCGCCAUGUGAGCGCUGUGAAUCGGGUGGUAGCCAAGCGGGGGGAAAACGAAGCUUUGUGACAAGGCCAGCGAUUCACGCUCGACGUGCCAGCAUCGCGCGAAACCUCAAGCGAGCGGACGAAACAGAAACGAUUCUGCGGCAGCUUUUGGCGACGAUUUCCAACGACGAGUAG